GUUUCCCUUAGCUUCUGUUUCAUCGCAUUCGUCGCUGUUUUCCCUCUUUUCGACAUUCCUUCCAAGUGCGCAGUGCUGGGCUUUGAUAGCGUUCAUUCUUUUGCUAUUGGGUCCUGUGGUUCACUGCGGUUUUGCUACCCUCUUUCUCAGUCACUUGCGCUUUCUGACCUUUUCUGUCUUUACUUGAUCUGUUUUGCAACUUUAACUAACCCAGACCUUACCUUCUUGAGCACUGUUAUGCCUGGAGCCAUAUCGACCCGGUAGUACCGCGCGACUUCAAACAGUACCCAUUUACAUUCUACACAACAAUGAGACUCUCCCCUUACGACUGGCGCCGUCAGGCAGAGCCGAUCCCAGCACCCACCCGCGUCAAUCUUGGACCUCUCACCACGGUCUUUGUCCCGCCGCCAUAUUGCUCGCGCGCCGCCCUUGCGGGUUCGCAAGCCGUCCUCGGGCAAUCAUGCAACCCCGUCAACGAAAAAAGCGCCACUGCAGCUGAUGAUACAGGCUGCUGGCCGCGCGCAACCGCCUAUCCCGUCAAUGCCAAAUCUAAACUCGCUGGCCUCGGAUUCUACUCGCCGGGCCUGACGUGCCCUCAAGGCCACUACAGCGCAUGCACCGCGGUCUCCACGUCCAAAGGCCAGACUGCCGCAGCACCCCAGGUCACGGGAAAGUUCCAAUUCCCGCUGGUAGCUGGCGAGACGGCGGUUGGGUGCUGUCCCACCGGGUACACUUGCGGUGCGAGUGGCGGGUUCCAGACAUGCCACCAAGUGGCUACACAGACAAGCUUCGACGCAAUGACGUGUAGCGGAGUGUCCGGGAGCAAUUUGGAUGACUUUCAGGUGCCGGUGACGAUGGAUGGAGAGACGAUAGCGACGAUGGAUCUGUAUGCGCCAAUGAUACAGAUCAACCACAUGGCAACGGAUCUGCCAGAGACAAGUAGCGAGGCGAGUGCGACUUUGGCGGCGACGACUGAAAGUACGGACACGGCGGAGGCAAGCAGGUCAAAGACGAAAAGCGGAGUGACGGCUAAGGUUACGGCUUCGGCAACUGCCACGGCCACAGCCACGGAUGAUAUCGUGAAGGUGAAGGACUUUGAGCCGGGAGAGACCUCGACGAGCGCGAAGGCGACAAAGACCAAGACGAGUGCAUCAGCGUCAGCAUCUGAAACCGAUGAUGUUGUGAAGGUUAAAGAUGUCAAUGAAGAUGAGCCCACAUCAAGUGGAGAAGAGUCGUCUUCCAAAGCCGCGAAGACUACUUCUGCUCCAGAGAAAUCGGACGAUGCGACUACCACACAUGCAGCACCCAAUCCAACUAUCAACUGGAACACCCCCGACCCGACGCUGGCUAUUGCUGGCCAAGCUACCCCCAAUGGCCUUGUCUUCGAUACCCGUCUCCCACCUUCUAUCUCUACUCUGUUUCCUUCAGCGACUGUCGGCGCAGCAGCCGCAGAUACCACAGCUUCGGCAGUUCCUGGCUCUACCCCUACCAACUUCUCGACAGGCGCAAAGAUCGGUGUGGCUUGCGCACCACUCGCAGGCGCAGCUUUGAUCCUUAUGGGAAUUUUCUACUACAAGCGCAGAAGGCAGAACGCAGCCUACAAGGAGGGCGACGCGAAGUCCAUUUCGUCCGACAGCACUGGCGCCAGCACAUACCAGAGCACGUACUUUGGAGGCAAUGCCAGCACUGCGCAGACCAACCGAUCCGGGUUCGACGACAUGAACGCGUACCCUGCACCUGCGCACACUUCGCCAUACAACGAGGACCACGGCGAGCACGAGAUGGCGAUGAACGGGCCAGGCCCCGCAGUCAUCGCGCCCGUCGGCUACGGCAAGACGGAGAACAAAAUGACGCCUGCCGACUUCUACGCCAACCCCUGGACAGAGAAGGACGAGUACGAGACGCGGCCCUUUGAGACCGCCGCAUCGCGCUUCAAGCACGCGCACUCGCUCUCUGACGACGCGUCAAGCAUCGAGUCGCCCAUCGACGGCAGCUCCCCCUUCCUACUGAAGCGUAAGAGCACGCUCAAGGGCCGCGACAAGCUCGAGAAGCGCAUCACAGGCCAGGCCAACGAACGUCACGUGUCAAUGGAGGGCUCCAUCGUGACGCCGGCAGACCGUGAGUCGGCGGAGCACGCGCGCUCGUCGCAGGAGAGCGUCGAAUGGGAUGACAAGGGCGCGUUGCAGCGGUCCACGUCGUUCUCGCGGCCCCGACCAAGACCCAAGACCGCGGCGAGCAGUUUGUAUCCUGAUGAUCGGGAUAGCAUUAUGAGCUGGGAUGCGGCUAUGGCGCCAGACAUGCCGGACAAGCCGCUGCCGAGUAUACCGGAGAAGGGCGGCCUAGACAGGAGCAAGAGUUUUUCGCGACCGCGGCCGAAGAGGGAUGAGAGUGCGGAUACGCUAGUGGAGGUGGAAGGGGAGGGUAGAGCUACGACGCCGGUGCCCAAGGGAGUGGUGGCGCCUCCUGUGACGGCAGAUGGCGUGUCCUUCUAAGUACAUCUUGCUUGUUCUGUUGAGUUUCGUUUCUUGUCUUUACAUUGAUAUUUGAUUCCCCACGGGCGACUGAAGCGCGGUAUUGGACAAGGUUUGGGGACAGAUAGA